AACGAAACUCUGUCAAUGGCCCGCUUUCAGAACGGUCUUGAUCGCUGGAGACUGAGGCCGACGACGACCUGCCCAUUCAAAAACCCUGCCACCAUGGGGCUGUACCGCGCUGGACCGGUUCUGCUGCUGGCCGUGCUAAUUAGCAGCUGUCAAUUGGUGAUUUGUGAAAGUGAAGUGGAAGAAACCAUCGGAGCCGAACCAGAAACGAUCGAGCUGUGUACUGACAAAUUGCCGGAACUAAGGGAAGUGUUUGCAACGACGACUGAUGAACCUGAGUCAGUCGAAACGACAUCGGUUCCACUUAGUGAUACAAUUGAAUAUAAAGAAACCGACGUUACUCGUUUCUUCGAUGUUGUAAAGAAACAGUUGAAAUGUGGAUACCCAAAGUUUGGGUUGCCUUCGUUGGUGCCACUCAAGAUAAGCUACAAGUUUAAAACUUCCCUGGAUUUCCUCAAUUUUAAGAAAAUUCACAUCAGUGCGUCGAACUUUGUUAUUCACGGUUUGGACAACUUUAGUUGGAGAGCUUCAAAUACCUCAUUCAGUCGUAACCAGUCAAAUGUGAUGCUGAACUUCCCGAAUGUGACGGUCACAGCAGAUACCUCACUGAACCGAGCCAAUGGGACUUCCCGCCUGUCGCUUUAUGACACCUUUGUUUUUUUGGAAGCCAAGUACGAAGAAGGCAAUGAUCAGCUGAUCGUGACCGAUUUGGAUGGCGAUCUGUCUCUACGAGCGUCUACAGUGAAACUAGCUCACCUCUUCCCGAAGAGCGCCAAACUGACCAGGAUCUGGAACAAGGCGCUCGGCGAUUCACUGCCGGUGGUGACCAAGUUGAUUACGACCCGAAAGCUGAACGUGGACUUUGUGAACCGGAUCUUAAACGGCGCCAAGUACUACGCGAUGAACACCAUCAACACCGCACUGACGACGUACAAACUGAACUUCGACCAGACGGUGGAGAGCCUGCACCGGUUUUCGGAGAUGACGGACGAUUCGCUGAUGUGCAAUGAAUAUAGGCACGUGGAAGCGUCCAGAGUGUUGUGAAAGGUGAUGUGAAUCUACCAGUGGGAUGUUAAAGACUUUUUAGUGUAGGAUUAAAUUUAUUUAUUACUUUUUAAAUAUACUUUACUAAAAAAAACAGAAA